AUGAGUGAAACAAAUAGUGCAUACAGCAACAACAACAGCAACAGCAGCAGUAAUAGCAACAACAACAAUGACAGCCGUGAGACAUAUUCCAACACGCAACCCAACAAACAUUCAUAUCAACUGCGUAUUGAUAGUGUUGAGGAGACUAGUACAGCACCCAUAACUGAAUCCAACUCACGUGAAGAUUUAAUUGUUAAUGAUGAUCCGGAUGAUGAAGAGGACGAGGAAGAAUCACAACCACGUCGUGCAGUAGAAGGUUUACAAUUUCCCAGAUUUCUGUCGGUACCAGCCUUGCGCAAUGCACCCACACAACAGAUAGCUAAACGAGAGAUUGUUUCAAGUCCAGCCAAAAGUGAACGUAUGAACAGAGAUUGCUCGAGUACAAAAUUGCCAGCGAGAAGAUUAAGUCAGGACAGUGGUAUAGUGGCAGGACGUUUAUUUAAUGGUGGGGAACUAAAUUUCUUUGACUCCACACCAUUCACCCUACAAAAUCCCCAAAAAUCUUCGACCGACAACAUUUACGCUCUGCUCAUCAAUGAAACUGAAGCGAAAGCCGCCGAUAAACGUACAAAUAAUAAUUCUUACAACAUACAAUAUAUACCGCCAACACCAGCGCCCUUAACCGAAAGCGACAUGACAAUGUUACCACCAUUCUAUCACAAUCAUCGACCACCGCCCAUAAAUUGCAAUGCUCCGUACAAUGAAAAAUGGCGGCCUGGCUAUAAUUCCAAUUACUAUAAAUCUCAUUCUAUAUCUAUACCACUGCCUACACAUUUGGAAACCGAUUCGGCUGAACCUAGUCCUACCCUGGCAUUUGGACCGAAAAUAGAAAAUUCCGAUAUACCCGGCACGGCCAUGCUUAAGGAAUUGGGUUUAAAUUUAACAGCACCACCCACGCCAGAACCGGAAGAAUUUGUAGCCGAUACGGAGGUCUUAUCUGCUCCCGAAUUGGAAAGGACAGUUAAUAGAUCAGAGAAGAAUAUGGUGGAAGAUCAAUUUGCCUACAAACAAUUAGUGCCUUAUGAAAAAUCACGACAAAAUUCAAAAACCUCCUCUAUGGACUCCAGUCUUAAUGGCAGCCACUACAAUAGUCGCAAACAUAGUAAGCGUAAUUCGGCCAGCGAAGAUGAGGAGAUGGCCAGACGUGUUAGUAAACAAGAUCGCGAAGGUCUUGAUUCAGAGUCUCUGAUGUUUAGAGAUGGAAGACGCAAAAUCGAUAUGGUUUUAGCCUGGGAGGAGGAAGAUUUGGGUGUUAUGACGGAAAUUGAGUCUAGGAAAAGGGAUUAUCGUAAAACUUUUAUGGAGAAUUUAAUAAAGGAGGGUUUGGAAGUAGAGCUGGAGGAUAAAACACAAUCAUUCAAUGAGUUGACAUAUUUUUUGAAGAUUCAUCUGCCCUGGCGUUUAGAGACACGUUUGGCGGAGGUUAUGAAUAUUAAAUUGCCGGUUAAAAGGUUUAUAACCAUAUCGGUUAAGUCAUCAUGGGACGAGGAAAAUAUCAUGGUACGUAAUAUACAAUAUUGGAAAGAAGUGUGGCAAAAGUUAACCCAAAAGAUACAACUCGAGGAAGCCGUUUUGGAAGGAGAGACUACAUUUAAGGCGGCCACGGCCAAUGGUAAUCCGGAAGAACAAUUUAUAGUUAAAGAUCGUGCCACUUCAUUUACCAGUGCCCAAAGAUCCUUAAUGGUCAUGCAGGUUUUACUACGUACUCCCUUCGAUGACAGUGAUCGCUGUGGCAUACGCCGUUUACUCAACGACAACACUUAUCUGGCUUGUUUCCCUUUACACGAGGGCCGCUAUGAUCGUCCGCAUUCCAGUGGCAUUUCCCUCGAUCGCCGUAUAUUGUAUUUAACCUGGGCCCAUCCUUCUCAAUGGUACAAGAAACAGCCUUUGUGUUUGGUGCGCAAAUAUUUUGGUGAUAAAAUUGCUUUAUACUUUUGCUGGUUGGGUUUCUACACGGAAAUGUUGGUGUAUCCAGCCGUAGUGGGUACCUUAUGCUUUAUUUACGGCCUGGCCACUUUGGAUUCGGAGGAUAAUACCCCCAGUAAAGAGAUAUGCAGUCAAUCUGGCACCGGCAACAUAACCCUGUGUCCUUUGUGUGAUAAGGCCUGCAAUUAUCAGAGUUUGCAUGACUCCUGUUUAUUCUCAAAAAUCACUUAUUUGUUUGACAAUCCUUCGACGGUCUUUUUUGCUAUAUUUAUGUCCUUUUGGGCUACCACAUUUUUGGAAUUAUGGAAACGUAAACAAUCGGUUAUUGUUUGGGAAUGGGAUUUGCAUAAUGUGGAAUCGGAUGAGGAAAAUCGCCCCGAAUUUGAAACGAAUGCCACGAGUUUUCGCAUGAAUCCGGUGACUAGAGAAAAGGAGCCGUAUAUGUCGACUUGGACGAGAGCCAUACGUUUUGUGAUCACCGGCAGUGCAGUAUUGUUUAUGAUAUUCAUAGUGCUGUCUGCCGUUUUGGGCACCAUCAUCUAUCGCAUUUCAGUGGUUACCAUAAUUUACGGAGGCGGUGGAUUUUUUGUCAAAGAACAUGCCAAAUUAUUUACCACAGUAACGGCAGCCCUUAUUAACUUGGUGGUUAUUAUGAUUUUAACCAAAAUUUAUCAUCGCCUGGCCAUACGUUUAACGAAUCUGGAGAAUCCGCGCACUCAAACCGAAUACGAGGACUCCUAUACUUUUAAAAUCUUCUUUUUUGAAUUUAUGAAUUUCUAUUCAUCCUUGAUUUAUAUAGCCUUUUUCAAAGGCCGUUUCUUUGACUAUCCGGGUGAUGAUCAGGCUCGUAAAAGUGAAUUUUUCCGAUUGAAAAAUGAUAUCUGUGAUCCGGCUGGAUGUUUAUCGGAAUUGUGUAUACAAUUGGCCAUUAUAAUGGUGGGCAAACAGUGCUGGAAUAAUUUUAUGGAAUAUUUAUUUCCAAAAUUCUACAAUUGGUGGCGUCAGCGUAAACACAAACAGGCCACCAAAGAUCGUUCACAUUUGCAUAUGGCCUGGGAGCAAGAUUAUCACAUGCAAGAUCCCGGCAGAUUGGCAUUGUUCGAUGAGUAUUUGGAAAUGAUUUUGCAAUAUGGUUUUGUUACUUUAUUUGUGGCCGCCUUUCCUUUGGCUCCUCUGUUCGCUUUACUUAACAAUGUGGCGGAAAUACGUUUGGAUGCCUAUAAAAUGGUUACCCAAUCUAGAAGACCCUUAGCCGAACGUGUUGAGGAUAUUGGAGCCUGGUAUGGCAUAUUGCGCAUCAUUACUUAUACCGCUGUCGUAUCAAAUGCUUUUGUAAUAGCUUAUACCAGCGAUUUUAUACCGCGUAUGGUGUAUAAGUUUGUGUACUCGGAAUCGAGUACUUUGGUGGGUUAUAUAGAGCAUUCGCUAUCGACAUUUAAUACCUCGGAUUAUAAAGAGGAAUGGGGUACCAAAACGGAAAAGGAUCCAGAUACUUGUUCCUACAGAGGUUAUAGAAAUGGUCCUCAAGAUUUUGAGCCUUAUGGCUUGAGUCCACAUUACUGGCAUGUGUUUGCGGCUCGUUUGGCAUUUGUGGUGGUAUUUGAGCAUGUUGUUUUCGUCAUUACCGGUAUUAUGCAAUUCAUUAUACCCGACAUACCGGCCGAAGUCAAAACCCAAAUGCAACGCGAACAAUUAUUGGCUAAAGAGGCCAAAUACCAGCAUGGCAUGAAACGUGCCCAGGGCGAUAACCAGGAUCUAAUGAGCCUAUUUCGUGAGGCCAGCAGUCGUAACAGUAUCACCACUAACAGUUUACCCUUAAAUGGUACUGAUGGCAGUACAGCCGGUCAAUUUGCCACAAAACGCAAUUGGGCACGUAGAUUUUCACGUUUAAGUGAUGGACUCGAUGCCCAUGUAGAGGUGGCCGCUAGGCCCAGACGUUCUAUGGAAUCUACGGUGUGGGAGGUUUCUUGACAUGAAG